UUCUGCCUGUUUGUUACAUUGUCUAUGAGUCUAAAUCCAAGAAACCAUUCCAUAUCUGUUAGUGACAGUUUUGGACCAGGUUACGGGAAUUUUGUUUGUUUGUUUUUGUUUUUAUGUUAUAGCCCACUCUGGAUGUAGCAUACACUGUGACCAACGAUGUUUCAAUGGACCUGAAUGAGGAAGGAUUAUUCUUUUCAUCGUCAAAACAAUAAAUUGCGUGUUUGAACGAACUUACCAACGGACAAAAAGCGCAAUGAUCAUCGCCGUGAUUUACCUCGUUUUACCGCUGCUGGAUGUGCUGCUAUCUGCCGAGGAGUCUUACUUGACUAGCUCAAACCGGCUGGACUGUGUGAAGGCGAACGAGCUGUGUUUGAAGGAGCCGGGAUGCAGCACAAAGUACCGAACUAUGAGGCAGUGCGUGGCGGGGAGGGAGAGCAACUUCAGUAUGGUGACUGGAGUGGAGGCGAAGGAUGAAUGCCGGCUUGCACUGGACGCUUUAAAGCAGAGUCCUUUGUAUAACUGCCGCUGUAAAAGAGGCAUGAAGAAAGAAAAGAACUGCCUGCGCGUCUACUGGGGGAUCUAUCAGCAUCUACAGGGGAAUGAUUUACUUGAGGAUUCUCCAUAUGAACCUGUGAACAGCCGGCUUUCUGAUAUAUUUCGACUGGCUCCCAUCUAUUCAGGUGAGCCAGCACUUGCAAAGGAGAACAACUGCCUGAACGCAGCGAAGGCUUGCAACCUAAACGACACCUGUAAGAAAUACCGUUCGGCUUACAUAAGCCCCUGCACGAGCCGAGUAUCAACAGCUGAAGUCUGCAACAAACGGAAGUGCCACAAGGCCCUGCGGCAGUUCUUCGACAAAGUGCCGGCCAAACACAGCUACGGCAUGCUCUUCUGCUCCUGUCCUCUGGGGGAUCAGAUGGCCUGUUCUGAGCGCAGACGUCAGACCAUCGUACCGGCCUGUUCAUAUGAGGACAAGGAGAAGCCCAACUGCCUGACGCUGCAAGCGUCCUGCAAGACCAACUAUAUCUGCAGGUCUCGUCUGGCUGAUUUCUUCACUAACUGUCAACCUGAGCCCCGCUCUCUCUCUGGCUGUCUGAAGGAGAACUACGCUGACUGCUUGCUGUCGUACUCUGGCCUCAUUGGCACUGUGAUGACCCCAAAUUAUCUGCGUUCACCCAAGAUCAGCGUGUCGCCAUUCUGUGACUGCAGCAGCAGUGGCAACAGCAAAGAGGAAUGUGACAGAUUCACCGAGUUCUUCACUGACAACACCUGCCUGCGCAAUGCAAUCCAGGCUUUUGGAAAUGGGACAGAUGUGAGCGUGUGGCAGCCGAUGCCCCCAGUGCAAACAACCGCCUCUAUUACAACACCGUCCCAGAGGAACAGGGAUCGAGACAGAUCGCCCAACGCCAUAGAGCCGGCCACAAACAUUAACCAUCUUAACCCGGUUGAUAACUCCCUCUACCAGUUCUGCGGAAGCCUCCAGGCUCAGAUGCUGAAGACAAACAACACAAUAGAUGUGUUAUGUGUGGACCCACAGAUCAAUGACCCCAGCUCCUCCAAUGCCAUCUCCGGGAAUUCGUCCACUUGGGAGACGUCUCUAUCAGGCCUUAGCUCUCUGCUGCUCCUGCUGGCUACCUCCUUGUACUGCAUCUUCACAGCAGCAAUGCUGUAGCCACCUAACAACAUAAAACAUGGACAGUCACAAUUUGUACAAAGUCGAUCGCUGUCCCUGGUCAAUCUGUUGUAUUUGGGUACUCUCUCUUUCUCUUUCUUAGUCCCUCUCUUCCUCUCUCUUGCUGUUCUGUUUUUAAGAGCUUUUGUUGGUGUUGUUAAUGCAACAAAACAAAGUGGUCUUGGUGUACUCAAGUUUCUGUCUCUUCCCUCCUGAUUUUGCAUCGGAAGAUGAAACAUGAAAGAAAAGCGAGAGAACCUCGGAAUCAUUGCAGCAUUGUCAUGUGAUGUUGUGCUGUCUAAAGUCUGGAGGGCCAGAAAUCAUAAGGACUCCUGUAACAGCGUAGAGAGCAUAGAACCUUAUCUGUGCAUAUGUGCACUACCCAUUGCUCACUGGUACACAAAGACACAGCAAAAUUGAGACCGAAACACUAUAGAACAUAAUUCCUGAGAUGUGCCACUGACCCAUCUAUAGGUCAAACAAUCAAACAUAUCGAAAUACAUUUACAUAACAUCUAGUUGUAGAAAGUGAGAGUUUAGAGAGAUCAAGAGUUUUUGGAUGACCAACAGGACCACUUGUCUGAAAAUACACGACGGAGCUUAUUUGACAAUUUUACUCUUGUCUGUCAUGGUUUGUUUCCGUGUGGCUACAUAUGUGAAUACGUAAUGUUGUUUGUACAUCUGUUUGUUUGAAUGAAAUGAGUUCAUGGUUUGGCUGGAUGGAUAUGUCAAUAGAUCUGGGGUUUCGUAACUCCUGUGUUAACAGUUUACAGGAGAAAACAUGGACUGAGGCCAGUCAGCAGCAUUGAUUCUUGUGUAAUCAGACAAAGUGUCAAGGUUCUAUGUUACAAUUGCAUAUAUACGGAUCUUUAAAUUGCACAUCACCACUCACCAAACUAAACCAACAGAAAUCAGCAUAACUAACAAAUUAUAAUGCCUUUUUUUGAUAUUGCUUUGACAUGGAUUUUCAUACUUCAACCCAAACGAAUCAUGCAAACUAGUCAUGUGUGUUAUAAACUGUAGCCAGUUUUUUUUUUUUUUUUGUUCUGUAUAUCUAUACAAAAGUUACUGAAAGAGUCAGUAGCAGUGAUCCUUCAACACAAUUAUUUAAAAAUCAGUGAGAAUUAUUUAAAAAAAAAAAAAAAACAUACCCAGAAGUCUUAUAUAUGUCAGUAUGAGGCAUGUGCAGUUUAAUCACCUCAGCAUAACAAGUUAAAAGAGUCUGUGACAUGCUGCUUUGGUUCAUGUGGCAUUUUCAACAAAAAUUAUGUAUUGUUGUUUUCCACAUUAUUCAUAUGACAUUUUAAGUGCUACAUAAGAAAACACACAAACAUAUAUGUACUUCUACAUGAACUAUAUUUGUAGAGCCUACUAUAUUUGAAUAGGGAUCUGGUUAUAUGAUAUAUGAUCAUAUUGGAUGAUGAUGUAUGGCUUUUCUCAGUAACUUUAUAUACAGCAUAUAUUUUUGUUUAGAGAUUACAGUACAAAUUGAAGACUUGCAUCUGUCCUGUCCUACAUCCCAAAUGAAGGAAAUGUACAACAGUCAUUUAUUAACUAUAACACCAUGUUAUUGUUUUAUUAUAAGCCAAUAAGCAAGAAAAAAAUAUCUUAUUUUUAUAUCUUUUCGCAUUAUGAGUUUAUUUAUUGUCAUAUUGUCUUUUUUGCUAGUAAGCAGUACAGGAACUUGAGGGAAAAAAAAAAAACAUGCAUGAGUGAUGGAAAUGCAAUAAUGGCUAUUGGAUGCAGUGUGUUAUAAAGUUUACACAGGCAUUCGGUGGUGGUCUGCUGCAUUUGGCUUUGGUUGCAACAUGAAGUUGCUGUGAAUGUGCUUUAGAUAAGAGCUGGACAGUAAGAUCCCCACAUUGUAAAAACUAUAUUUCUCUACAUCCACAUCUUAUUGCUCCAGAGAAUUUACAAAUGAAACAAAAGACUCUUCCACAAUGUCACAUUUCUUCUUAGCUUGUGAAAAUGUAAAAAGUAUUCUAUGAAAACGAUUAAAAAUGUUGACUCAU